GCCUAUCAGAGAGAAAAGAGAGAGGGAGCAUUGUUGGCAGCAGAAGAGAGAGAGAGAGAGAGACAGAAAGAGUGAGAGAAAGAGAUAACUGAGGAGCAGGACUGCAUGAGGCAGAUGAGGAGAAGGAGAUCGAAGAAAUGGUCAAAUCGGGACAAAUCGCUUACAGAGAGAGAUAUUGCUUUCCGUCUCAAGUCUAGGGUUUCAGGGGUUCUCCUUCCCUUGGACCUUUGCGUAAAUAGGGUCCUUAUAUCACUGUGCUGCGUUUUCUUGGGUCUUUUUAGUUGCUAGGGCUCUGAAGACUUUGAAAUUUUGGCUGAGGAGCUGCAGAUGAGAGAUCUACGCUGAACGUUUUCGAAGAUGUCUGUUGCAGAGGUUUCGAUUAAAGGAAAUAGCAGUAACGCCAGGGGAGAGAGCUUGUCUUCCGGUUGCAGCGAGCCUAAUGUUGCCGGUGCCGGAAAGAACGGCGUACCAGAAACCCCUCAACUAUAUACAUCUUUUUCAACCGGUGGAAAAGAUUGUGAAGACGCCCUUUAUACAGAGCUUUGGCAUGCUUGCGCAGGUCCUCUCGUGACGGUGCCGCGCGAAGGGGAGAGAGUUUUCUAUUUCCCCCAGGGGCAUAUCGAGCAGGUUGAGGCAUCAACGAAUCAGGUCGCUGACCAGCAGAUGCCGGUUUAUAAUCUUUAUCCUAAGAUCCUCUGCCGUGUGAUUAACGUCCAAUUAAAGGCUGAACCUGACACCGACGAAGUGUUCGCCCAAGUGACUUUGCUUCCUGAAACAAACCAAGAUGAGAACUCUAUAGAGAAGGAGUCCCUGCCUCCUCCUCCUCCACAUCCUCAUGUACACUCGUUUUGCAAGACCUUGACGGCCUCGGACACUAGCACUCAUGGUGGAUUUUCGGUGCUGAGACGGCACGCUGAUGAAUGCCUUCCACCACUUGACAUGUGCAGGCAACCUCCAACCCAGGAAUUGGUGGCCAAGGAUUUGCAUGGGGUUGAGUGGCGGUUUCGGCAUAUAUUUCGUGGUCAGCCUAGGAGGCAUCUGCUUCAAAGUGGUUGGAGCGUCUUCGUCAGCUCCAAAAGACUUGUUGCUGGGGAUGCUUUUAUUUUUCUCAGAGGUGAAAGUGGGGAGCUUCGCGUAGGGGUCAGACGUGCUAUGAGACAGCAAAGUAACAUCCCUUCUUCAGUCAUAUCUAGUCACAGCAUGCACCUUGGAGUCCUUGCAACAGCAUGGCAUGCUGUCUCAACAGGAACCAUGUUCACGGUGUAUUAUAAACCUAGGACAAGCCCUGCAGAAUUUCUUGUUCCAUGUGAUCAGUACAUGGAAUCAGUCAAGAACAGCUAUUCUAUAGGGAUGAGGUUCAAAAUGAGGUUUGAAGGUGAAGAAGCUCCUGAGCAGAGGUUUACAGGCACCAUAGUAGGCAUUGGUGAUGCCGAUCCAAACAAGUGGCAGGGAUCAAAAUGGAGAUCCCUCAAGGUCCGAUGGGAUGAGACUUCUUCUAUUCCUCGUCCAGAUAGAGUUUCUCCAUGGAAAAUAGAACCUGCUUUGACCCCUCCAGCAUUGAAUCCCCUUCCUGUACCCCGGACAAAAAGACCCCGUGCAAGCAUGGUGCCGUCAUCGCCUGAUUCCUCUGUUCUCACAAGGGAAGGUUCAUCUAGAGUGGCAGUCGACCCUUCUCCAGUAAAUGGAUUUUCAAGGGUAUUGCAAGCUCAAGAAAUCUCUACCUUGAGAGGCUCUUUCCCUGAGACUAAUGAAUCAGAUACUGCUCAAAAGCCACUUGUAUGGAAUCCUUCACAUGAAGAUGAGAAAACAGACAUGGUUUCUGCUCAAAGAAGAUAUGGAGCGGAGAAUUGGGUGCCUCUGGUGAGGCAUGAGUCAACUUAUACAGAUCUACUGUCGGGUUUUCGCACACCUGGUGACUCUGCUCAUGGAUUUUGUCAACCGUUUGUGGACCAAAACUCAGAUGAUUCUAAUCCAAUGAAGAAGCAUUUCAGAGAUGAUGAAGGGAAAUUCAACUUACUUUCAGGCCCAUGGUCCAUGAUGUCAUCUACUCCCUCCUUGAAAAUGUUCGAGUCCAGUAUUAAGAUUCCUGCACAAGCUGGUGAGAUUCCUUAUCAGAAACCUGGGAAUGGUAGAUAUGAUGAGUUGAAUGGAUAUCUUCGAACAGAGCAACAUCAAGGGAACUGGCUGAUGCCUCUUUUUCCACAAUCCCACUUGGAAAAUCCUCAUACAAAGGAGCUGAGAUCACAGUCUGCAUUAUUGCAACAUGAGGCUGUGAAACCCAAAAGAGAUGGAAAUUGUAAGCUCUUUGGUAUACCCCUCGUUAGAAAUCCUGUGGCAUCAGAACCAGUAUUGCUGCAUUCAAGUACAGCUUAUGAAACAGAAAGUCAUAUCCAUCAUGUGAUGCAUCAACCGCAGGCUUUGGAAUCGGAUCAACAUUCUGAGCAGUCAAAGGGCUCGAAGUCGGUGGAUACAGCUCUUGUGGGUAAUGAGAAAGAGAAACCCUUUGAAGCCUGUCAGCAGCUUUCUAGAGAGGCACAGAGUAAACAACAUGGCUCAACAAGGAGUUGCACAAAGGUUCAUAAGCAGGGGAUUGCCCUUGGCAGGUCUGUGGACCUUAAUAAGUUUUACGGUUAUGAUGAGCUGAUUGCUGAACUGGAUAAGAUGUUUGAUUUCAAUGGCGAAUUAAUGGCUCCCAACAAGAGUUGGCUGAUUGUAUAUACUGAUAAUGAGGGUGAUAUGAUGCUUGUAGGAGAUGAUCCCUGGCAGGAAUUUUGUAGCAUGGUUCGCAAGAUCUUCAUUUACACUAGAGAUGAGGUUCAGAAAAUGAACCCUGGGAAUUUGAACCCGAAGAUCGAAGAAAACCCAGUGGUAGCACACGGAAGAACGGGUGCAAAAGAAGUGAAAUGUUUGCUGCCUACUGGUGCAGAUAUUCCUGAUAUUAGUUAGGUUUACCUUGCUGGCUGUGGGUUCCUGAAGGUGGCAUUUAAGACUUGUCAGCAAAGGUGAUCUAGGUUUGCAUUGUACGAGGUUAUUGAGAGUUAUACCUCUGUACUACAAGUAAAUCCCAUCGUCCAGGAUAUGUGGCCCCAUCGUGUCUCCCAGUUUUGAGGUAUUGUGAUUUUAGGUCACAAUAAAUACUGGCGAUGAUGCUUUUGUCCAAGAAUGAUAUACAUAUAAAAUAUAUGCGUUAUAUACAUAUCCUCUGCAAGGAUUAGGCGACCUUGCGUUUACAACCAUGUACAUAGCUCCUACAACCCAGGCUCGUUUGUUUGUUUCUUAUUUUCUACCUUUAUACCAUUCCUUGUAUCCAGUGACCAAUGUUUUCUGAUUGUCCUAUUCUCUGU